UAGUGUAGGUGAUACCUGUAGCCAUGACAUCACUAUAAACCCUUGGGCAACACUUACACCCUUGGGAGUGUAUUGCUGCUGAAGGGAACUGCUUGACCUGAAAGUCUGAGACUUUCUCUCCAUUGAAUUUCCUUCUGCUCAAGGGUUCAAUCAAGAAUCCCUAAUUUUUAAUGGCUUGCAGUCAAGACCACUGAAGUGACUUUUUCUUUUUCCUCCUGGACUUUGCAUUUUAUAUUUUUUCAUUAUCCUUGGCUGUUUCUCCUCCUUACAUUCCCUUGACACUUGUUCCCACCUUUGGAGGAUGAGAUAAGCAGAGAACUCUGUCCCUGUAAAGACAAGGAGCAGAACAUGUCUGCACAAAGAGGGCCAGAGCAAGAAUCAAACCUCUCCUGGGCAGGCAGGUGUGGGAGAGCUCCUUUGUUGCAGGUUGCUUUCUGGAGUGCCAUCAGUGGGAUUUUGUCACUGUAGGAAGGAUAAUUGGAAGCAGAUUUCUUUCUUUUUCAUUUUUUUUCCUUUUUUUUUUUUUUUUUUUUGGAGUCACCAUGCUGCAGCAAAUUUUGCGUGACAUGUAUAUUGACCCUGAGCUCCUGGCAGAGCUGAACGAAGAGCAAAAGCAGAUCUUGUUUUACAAAAUGAGAGAAGAGCAGCUGAGGCGCUGGAAGGAGAGGGAAGAAAAAGCCCGACUGGAGGAGGCUGUGCUGAGAAAGACAGCGAGGCGCAACCAGAGUAACGGCAAACACGUGCAGUGGCUGCGUGGGAAGGAUGGCGAGGUCUGGGUGUGGGUGAUGGGAGAAGGCCCAGGUGACAAGCCCUACGAGCAGAUAUCCGAGGAGCUCAUAGCAGAGAGAGCCAGGCAGCAGGCACAGAGGGAGGCGGAAGAACUAUGGAGACAAAAGGAAGCUGAAAUUACAAAGAAAUUCCGGGAUGCUAUGGCUCAAGAAAAAGCCCGAAUAGUGGCAGAAAAAUGGAAAAUAGAAACAGAGGAUCGGAAAGCAGCCAAAUUGGAGGAAGAAAAAAUUCAGGAGGAAUUAAAGAAAAGAGAAGAAGAGGAAAGACAAAAGGGUGAAGAACAAAUCAGGAAGCAGGAAGAAAUCCGAGCAAAGGAGUUGUAUCUGAGUCUCAAGCAAGCUCAGCAGCAUAGUCAGCACAGCGACGAUGACCAGGAGUGGGAAGAACAGUUGCGCCGCUCCAAGGCCGCAGACGAGGAGAGAAGCCAUAAAGCGCGCAGGGCGCGGGAUGAAUAUCGACGGCAAUCCCUGCGCGCCAUCCAGAAGGGAAGAGUGGCUGGCCUGAGUAACUUGUUCCAGGGGACGAGCCUGAACAAGGACCAGGAGAUAAAACUGAACAACAAUAGUGCAAGUCCUUUGCUGUCUCUCUCUGCAGCGUCCAGUAACAUCUGGGAGCGUCCGUCCCGCCCCUUCUCCCGAGAUGUCAUCAUCCGCUGGUUCAGAGAAGAGCAGAUCCCUCGACGUGCAGGAUUUGAGAGGAACACCAACAGGAUUGCUCAGUGGUUUCACGGAAGAAAUCAUCACAUCAUCAGGUGGGGAGCUACUACUGGAGCCAUGUGGACAGCAGAAGAAUCCACCAGACUACAGUCCUUUAUUUGAAUAACUGAUCCAGGACUAACAGGGACUCAUUCUGAAUAGCUGUAGUAAUAAAUAACUACAAAAGUAAACAUUGAAAGUAUUUAACAAACUUCCAAAGCCACUGGUCUUGUGGCCAAAAAGUAUCCUCAAUAGAAGGCCUAAACUAUUCCUGUUUUGCGUCUGAUUUAUCAUCAUUAUUCAUGUUGUUAGCAAGUGAAAGGUGAAAAAUUACCAGCAAAUUACUAAAAAGGACUACUCCCAGAAAAUUUUCAAGGGAUUGUGGCCAAUUGCACUGAAUGCUAACUUCCUAUCCUAAUUUUUUCAUGUCUGAUGCAGCAAGAAGCACAGCCAGGAACUGUUCAUAGAGUACUGUAUGAAGUACCAGUGUUGGUAAACAGAUUCUUUUUUCCAAAGCAAGGUUUGUCAGGUUUUGUUGACAACCUCAUUACUUGGUGGUGCACUUUUGAUAACAAGAGAAGCAGUCUUAAAACACCCUUCUGCAGUUUGUGAUUGCUUAGAUAGGUAGGUGUAGCUUGAAACUUGGCAUUAUGCUUUUGAAUUCAGGCCUACAAAAUUCCUCACAGCAGAGACAGAACAAGGUCAUACACAUUAUAUUUACAAUUUCAUGCAGUCCAGCAGCCUUGGAAGAAACUUUACUCCUGUACAGUAAGUGGUCAGUUUAUUCUAAAGAAAACAGUUUGACUUGCUGCAAUUCUCUCACUGUCCUUGUCAUGUUUUCUACUUUUAAAUGUGCAAGAGACACACUGGACAUUUCUAGCUUUACUUUGCUGUAGGACCAGGUAUUUUCCUUAGCAGAGUUAUAAGUGAUAGUGGGCUGGUAUAUUUGUACGUAGAAAAGGUACAACUAACUACAUUAUCAUCAUGCUAUUUAAUGUUUAAAAAAGAUGCACAUAAUGUGUUCCUCAUCCAUUUGCUAUAUGUAUUAACCCCAUGUAAAUAGACCAGGAGGUGAGAUCUGUGGAGUACUUGCUUAGCUUGUGGACUAUAAAAAUAAUAAAAUAUCA